CUGGAGAGCUGGAGCUGUCCAACCAACACGGUGCUGAAGCCGUCAGACACGGAGCUCCACGGUGCAUCAAGUUGUCCUGUGUCACCCUCGUCUAAAGGAUGGACUGGUCGAUAAACACGCUGCCUUUGCCUGAAUAUGUUGAGCUUGGUGUCCAUUCACUGAGUGGCCUUCUGUGGACUCUGCUGUUCCUAUUCCUGUGGCACUGCUAUCGAAUUGGCUCUGACCUGCCAAUCCCAGGCCAUGCUGGAAAGUUAAAGUCGAGCUCAAGGCGGUCCAUGAUUUCUCGGAGCGGUGUGUGCAUGGGGACAAAGUGCAGCGCCAGGUCUAAGUUGUCCAGGAGCGAUCAAAUUGCGCCUUUCAUUUCCAUGGAAACAGCGAAGGAUGAGGAGCAGGGACAGGGGUAUCUCACGCCAGUGCUGAGUCAUGCCUUGUUCCCUGCCCAGGCAUCUGCAGAAGCCAAGAAGCUGUACGCAGCACUGCAAGAGUAUGCCAAGCGUUACAGCUGGGUGGGCAUGGGCCGCAUUCACAAAGGCCUUCGUGAGCAGGUCAGACUGAACGAUCUCUCCACCAUACAAAAGCCACAUCUCUUCUUCCUGCCGGAUGUCCCAAGUGUUCCUUUCUUCCCGCGUGAUGCUCACCGACAUGACAUCGAGGUGUUGGAAGCUAAUUAUCCUGCCAUCUUGGCUGAAUUCCAGGCUGUUUACCAGAGAGGCACAGACUCCAAAUCAGGCUGGACCUGUCUGGGGCCAAAGAGCCAGGCCGUGUUUCCCUUGUACAGCGCCGGGGUCUGUGUGGCAGAGAACUGCCGAUCCUGUCCCUCCACAUAUCGCACACUUCUUUCUCUGCGUACUUUCAUAAACAGCAACUCGUUGGGCUCUGCAGGAUUUUGGCUGCUGGGCCCGGGGGCAAUACUGGGGAGCUCCUAUGGACCGACAAACACACGCCUUCGCUGUCACCUAGGUUUGCAGACCCCCCCUUCGUGUGAGCUGGUGGUGGGAGGGGAGCCUCAGUGUUGGUCAGAGGGGCACUGCCUUCUUCUUGAUGAUUCGUUCCUUCACACCAUCUCUCACAAGGGUCCUCCAGAAUCUGGACCCAGGGUCAUUUUGAGUGUAGACCUGUGGCAUCCAAAUGUGGCUGCAGCAGAGAGACAAGCUUUGGACUACAUGUUCACCCCUGACCUCUGAGUUUUGCUCCUGCACUUCACCGUGAGCACUGUGCAGAGAUGCCUUAACUUAGCCCACGGUUCACGUGUCUCAUUCCAGUCAGAGAAUCACUGUGUGAAUCUUCCCUUAAGAAUUAGACAAGCCAUUAGCCAAACAUUCAAGCAGUGUUGGAUGUUUGGCCCUCAUUUGUAAUCAUUCAAACAAUUUCACCGUUAUGCUACCUGCAUGGCAUUCUGAUAUAGAAAUACAAGCAGACAGCACUUCGAAGCACAAACAGCAACGGAGGGGUUAACUGAUGUAAAUUUUAACAUCUUAAAUCUGUUUACUAUGCUAAUGCAUGCAUGCAAAGCCUCAGAAUUGUUAUUGUUACUGGCCUUAUCUGAGCUGUUGUUGCAUGUGCAUGGAUUUUUAGAAACUUUCUUGAAAUGGUGUGUCUACCGGUGAUUCAACCAAAAAAACUGUGAAUACUUCAGUAAAAAUGACAGAAAUUUAAAUUUAAAUGUAUUUUCUCUCCUAAGAUAUUUCCAAUCAAAAUGUAACCAAAUAUACUGUGUUUUUUCUUUCCAAAGCUGUUUGUAUGCUGGAAUGUUUCUGGUCACAAAGUUAUUAUAUUUUUGAUUUGCGAGUUUGUUUGUUGUUACAUAUUUUAUGUACAGUAAAAGAGAAAAAAAAGAGUAUUACUGAGAGUUAUUGUCAAUUGUGUCUUUUGCUUGAGUUAGAGUAAAUCUGAAUUUUCUCUGAAUUUAAAUGUGAUGAAAAUGUUUAGAAAAUGCAACUGAAAUCUCAUGUUUACUCUCACUUUAAAUGAGGUUACAUAUUUCAUGUCAGCUAGGAUACUUAUUUCACUUUCUAUUUUCUAAAUGCCAAAAUAAUUACAAAUGAAGGCUGAAGUUUACAUAUACUAAGAUUAUUGAGCCUUGAAACAACAUGGAAAACUUUAAUGGAGACACAUUUGUAGAUGUCAAAAAAAGCCAAAAACUCAAACACGCUUGUUACUGUUUUGUUACUUGUUACUUGUUACACACAUUUGUUUCCCUCAAAUGUAUUUUGAGGUAAACAAAAAUACAUAUUUAUGUAUAAUGGUGGUACCAACUUCAGAACAAAGGUGAAACUCUUUGUAAAGAGGCUUCUUGAAGCGGGCAACAGCGCUACAAUCCAUGCUUAAACAAGCAUGGGCUGAUUCAGAGAGGAAGAAGACGUUGCUCAAAAUCCAACUGAAUUGAUAAUGCUGAAGUUACUGUGAGAAGUGUGUGUGUGUGUGUGUGUGGGUGUGCAUGUCUGUCUUGUGUCUCUUUAUGUUGGCCGAGUGACUGCCUGCUGACCUGUCCAAGGUCUGUCUUGUCCACUGAUCAGUGGAUAGGAGUGAGCGCCCCAUGACCCAUGACCCUAGACAGGAUUAGGACAUGGAUGGAUUAAAAAAUAGAAAUAAGAUUAACUCUUUGACAAACCAAAGGAAUUGGUAAUAAUAGCUUAAUACAUAGACAAACUGCACAAGACUUUUUUAUGUAUUUAAUUGCAGUUUUUUUAAUGUUUAAAAUAAAAUCUCAAUUGUAUCAUGCCGGUGAUAAAUCAGCUAAAUCUACACAGCCAUGUAAAAUAUAUAUUUUAAUUGCAAACAGCACAUUGAACAUUCCUACCUCCUCAAUGCAUCAGUCAUUCUUUCCUUCGUUCUCUUUUUGUAGACAGUAAAUGAGAAUUAGUGUGGUGGUUUUUAUCUUAUCUGCCAUCUGUUCCUCUGAGGGUCCCAUGUUGAGGAUUACAGAUCUGGAAAUAAUCCCACCCCAGAGAGACAGAUUAGUCCCGAGAUUGUUGACAUGUGGUCGUAUGUAUGUUGCUUCAUGAUCUAUAACUCAUAUGUUUCUGUUCUAUGCAGGAUAAGAGAUGUACUAUGUAAA